GGAACUCCUCGAGCCGACGCCGGGAGAAUAUCAUCUAGUCUUACAGGCGCGUGCACGUACAAGAGCAAAAACAAGAAGAAAAAAAGUGUAAUGGGUUUUUUGUAUAUGGGUUUUUGUGUGUGUGUGCGCGCGCACACGCUCGUGCACGUUUGCCUGUGUGCGUGGAAAAGCCAAUGGGAUGAAGAGCUGAUAAUAGAUGCAAAUUAUCCCUGAAACCGACACACACAUACACACACAAGGGCCAGGAGGAGAGAGAGAGUGCGCGCUUGAGAGAGCCGUAGAGAGAGAGAGAGAGAGAGAGAGAGAGAGAGAGAGAGAGAGAGAGAGAGAGAGAAAAUAUGAAACAACUCAUUUGCAGAGGAGUAAAUCACGGAAUACCCGUUUGAGAGCGCGACAGGGCUCCUGCUUACAGCGCUAACACCGGAAUUGUGAUGCGCACGAGCCCUUCCUCCUCCUCUACUUCUCCCUCUUCUUCUCCUUCACCUUCUUUUUCUUCUUCUUCGCUGGAGAGUUUAUGGAAUCGGUGUGAUUGUUGUUAUUGUUGUUGCGGUGGUUGUGGCUGUUUGUGCUCUGGCUGGCUGCCGUUACCGUUACUCACACCGCUCGUCUGUUGUGGCCGUGAAGUGAAACGCCACAACAACGGUCACCGACACCGGCGGCAGACCUGCCUCACUCUCUGUCUCUCCCUCCCCUUCGUCUCCGUGUGUGUGUCGGUGUUUCUCUGCCUCAAACCGCACGACAGAAGCAGAAAAAAAGAAAAAACAAUUGAAAGCCGCGGCUCGCUUCCUUCAGUCCCACUCUGACUCUACUGAGCCGUACACACACUGAAACAACAAUAAACACCAACACAAAAGAUGAGUUCAUAUUUCGUCAACUCGCUCUUCUCCAAAUAUAAAAGCGGGGACUCGUUACGUCCGAACUACUACGAGUGCGGUUUCGCGCAGGACCUGGCCGGCAGCCGGCCCACCGUGGUGUACGGCCCGGGCUCCGGCGCCACCUUCCAGCACGCUCCGCAGAUCCAGGACUUCUACCACCACAGCGCUUCCACGCUGCCCAGCAACCCGUACCAGCAGAGCCCAUGCGCGGUCACAUGCCACGGCGAGCCGGGCAACUUCUACGGAUACGACGCCCUGCAGCGGCAGACGCUUUUCGGGGCCCAGGACGCGGAUCUGGUCCAGUACAGCGACUGCAAACUGGGAAGCGCGCCGGGGCUCGGCAGCGAGGACGCGGAGGGAACCGAGCAGAGCCCCUCACCGACGCAGCUGUUCCCCUGGAUGAGGCCGCAAGUAGCUGCGGGCAGGAGGCGGGGCCGCCAGACCUACAGCCGCUACCAGACCCUGGAGCUGGAGAAGGAGUUCCUGUUCAACCCCUACCUGACCCGGAAGCGCCGCAUCGAGGUGUCGCACGCGCUGGCUCUGACGGAGCGGCAGGUGAAGAUCUGGUUCCAGAACCGGAGGAUGAAGUGGAAGAAGGAGAACAACAAGGACAAGUUCCCGAGCAGCAAGAGCGAACAGGAGGCGGUGGAGAGGGAGAGGAGGGAGAAGGAGCUGCGGGACGGCAGCGGAAGCGGAGAAGGGGAAGGUGGUGAAGGAGGAGGAGGCUCGGCGGUGGCGGUGGCGGUGGCGGGCACGGCGGGGUCACAGGCCUCCGGGAACGAGGAUUGCUGCGAGAAAACCCACAAGCAAAUGUAGGGAGGAGAGCGGUGAAAUUAUGAGGAAGAGGGGGGGAGGGCUGAAGGGCGAGAGAUGGAGGACGAGUAGGGUGUAAGUGUUGGACCGGAUGGGGAGAGGGGGGGAGUGGGUGUUUUUUGUCUUAAUUGAGGCCAUUUGGACUGCUCCGCUUUCUCCACAAUUGAAUUGAUGGAAAGGAACUUGACUCUCCAAAAUGGCGAUUGGUGAGCCGGACGGACUGGAGGGGCCUCGCGCCUCUGUCUGCUGACUGU